AUGAGCCGCAGCCAGGACAGGAUCUCGUCCUACCGCCGUCACUUUGAGGACAGCAGCAGCUUGUCCUACCAGGUUAGGGUGUCCAGCCCAUCCCCCACCAGGAGAGACUCCCGUCAUGCCACCACCGGCUACUCCUGCAGAUCAGGGGCCGGCAGCAUGCGUGUGGAGUCAGCGGGACGGAGGAAUGUCUCGGCGGCACGCAGGACUCGCAUAGGUGGAAUAGGUGCAGGAGCCAUGGUGUGUGUUGGGCCUACUGGAGAACCUGCUAUUGAUCUGGAUGUUGCUGCGGCUGAGAACCAAGAGUUCCUCAGCACACGUACAACUGAAAGACAGGAGAUGAUUGUCCUCAAUGACAGACUGGCUGUAUACAUUGACAAGGUUCGAUCACUUGAGCAGCAGAACAAGCUUUUGGAAUCUGAGAUCGAGGCGUACCAAAACCGCUUUGAGAAUCCAUCAGGACUGCGCCUGCUAUACGAGGAACAGCUGAGGGAGCUGAAAAAGAUCGCUGACCAGAUGAGAGUUCAGCGGGACAUUUCCUUUGCUGCUAAGGACUCCACAGCUGCUCAACUGGAGGCAAUCAAAAUCAAAUAUGAGGAGGCAGUGGAGCUGAGGAGGAAAGCCGAGUUAGACAUUGAAACCUUCCGUCCAGAUGUUGAUGAAGCCACAUCCUCUCGCAUCGCCUUGGAGAAGAAGCUGGAGCAGCUGGAGGUUGAAAUUGAAUUCCUAAAACGGGUCCAUCAUCAGGAAAUUGAGGAGCUCAUGAGCAAAAUCUACUCCGCUCACGCGACAGCUCAGAGUGCAUUCGAACUACCUGACCUGGCAGCCGCUUUGAAGCAAAUCCAAACGCAGUAUGACGACAUAGCAGCCAAAAAUCUCCAGGAGAUGGAUUCAUGGUACAAAAACAAGUUUGAAGAUCUGACCAGUAAGACGACGAGGCAUGUGGAUAAGGUUCGAGGCAUUAGAGAUAAAAUAGCAGGUGCCAAAAAGGAUAUCCAAAGCAAAGACCGUGAAUUGGAUACCCUGAGCACCAAGAAUGAAGCUCUUGAGGCCAAGAUCCGAGAGACACAAGAAAAGUACAAGAAGGAACUGCAAGACCUGCAGGCUCGGAUUGAGGCCCUGCAGCUUGAGCUGAAAUCCACCAAGGAGAAAAUUGCUCUGCACCUGCGUGAGUACCAGGACCUUCUGAAUGUCAAGAUGUCUCUGGAGAUUGAAAUUACAACAUACAGGAAACUUGUUGAAGGAGAGGAUCUGCGGCUCUCUGGCAUGAUGCAAACCCUGUCUCUUAGAAGUUGUAGCAUGAGCGCCAUUGGUGGUGGUAUGAGCUUCAGUGGAGGAGGAGGAGGCAUGGGUGGUGUUGGUGGAAUGGGUGGUGGCACCACGAUGGGAGGUGUUGGGGGAGCUGGGGGUGUUGGUGUAGGAGCUGGGGCAGGAGGUGUGGGUAGUGGUGGACGAAUGGGUGCUGGAGGAAUGCAUGGUGUUGGCACUGGUGCUGGCGGACUGGGUGCUGGGGAUUUUGGUACUGGGGCUGGGGGUGCAGGCACUGGUGCUGGAGGUUUGGGUUCUAGGGCUGGGGGUGUAGGCACUGGUACUGGAGGUCUGGGCACUGGCGCUGGAGGUAUGGGUAUUGGUGGAAAUUUGGGAAAUGGCACCGUCGGACAUGGAAACAGCGGUGUGGGUGGUGUUGGAAUGGGUCCAGGUGGUGACACUGCAGGUUCAGGUGGUAUGGGGGGCACUGGCAUGGGGUCUGGAGGAGGAAGUGGUGGUGUUGGAAUUGGUGAUGGGACAGGAUAUGGAUCGGAUGGAUAUGAGGUCAAUGAGCCUUACGCAGAGCAGGCUGUGGAGCUGACGGAGAGGAGGACGGUACUCAUUAGAACGGUUAAAAAUGAGGAUGACGUGCUGGAGAUGGACCACCAGGAACAAACCUACAUCAUCACCGGAGCAGCCGAUGACUCUGAUGAGGAAUGA